GUCAAAUCAAAAUAUUCGGCUUUUGGUUUAGGUUAAAAUGAAGCAUAUAAAAAUUGUCUUUUGUUUAUUUCUGUUUAUUAAUUUGGUUUUCAGUUAUGAUGGAAAAAUAACAGAAGAGCUUCUCAUAAAACCUCUUCAUAGUGAGCAGGUGUAUACUCAUUUUCAAUUUUCUACAAUUUGGGAUAUAGAUCCAGAUCAAGAAAAUUUUCGACAUAGUCCAAUAUUUCCAAGGCCGAUAGGAGAACUUAUCCAAAGAUUUGGUAUCCAAGAGUUACAUAUCAGUCUAACUGGUGGUCUCUGGAGGUAUGAAAGUUGGGGAUAUCCAGUGGAAGAUGCUGCAAGUGGGGCAGAAGUAUGGGUGUGGUUCAAGCCGAGUGUAACUGAAGUUGAUAAAAACUGGAAUCUUCUUGCCAACUCUUUGUCAGGAUUAUUGUGUGCUUCCCUGAAUUUCAUUGAUAGUUCCAAUACAAUUAGUCCAGAAUUUUCAUUACGACCAAAGGGAGUUGUAGAAUCUAGUCAUUUAAAUAAUACUCAUGUGAGGUAUGCUACUCUACCACAAGAAAUUGUCUGUACAGAAAAUCUAACACCUUGGAAGAAGCUUCUUCCUUGUGGCUCAAAGACAGGUCUUGCAUCUUUACUUAACUCAGGUUAUAUACACAACACAAGAUACCAUUCCAUAGGUUUACAUUUACGCCCUAUAUGCAGAGAUAAAUCAUGUACAUCAUUAUCUUUGGAACUCCAACAAACUGUCUCAUUAGUGUAUGAUUAUCUUAUUCUAGGAACCAAAAAUUGGUCUUUAAGGAAGUUAUUUGGAUUGGGAGUUAAUAAAAAAUGUGUUUUGGUGGAUAAAAGUGAGAUAUAUGUAGAUACAACUGAUCAAAGUAUAGAAUUGGAGCCUAGUCCAGAUCAAACAGUGACUUCUAUUAGAGGAGGACAAACAAGUAUAUUACAGAAAUAUGUUGUUUCUAAUCAGUUUUUAAAUAUUUAUGCCAAACACUUAAAUCCAGAUACUUUAUCUCUAAAUUUCCCACCACCAUUACAUGCUAACCAGUACUUGUCAGGUUAUGGUCAAGAACGUGGAGGUAUAGUAACAAAAAUCUUCAACAACCACUGGCAGGAAUUGGAUGUUGUCUUAAUGCAAAAUAUUCCUUGGUUCAUACCUAUUUAUCUACAUACUUUGAAAGUGACAGCUAAUGGUAAGGACAUCAAACCUUUACAGUUAAGAUACAUACCUGCUAGGCAAAGGGAAAGACCCAAUUAUUUGGAGGUUCUAAUAAGAAUUCCAGCUUCUACAGCUACUUCAGUAGUAGUAGAUUUUGACUAUGUGUUUUUGAAAUGGCAGGAGUAUCCACCAGAUGCCAACUUGGGCUUUUACAUAGGAUCUGCUGUUGUUUCUAGCUACCUUCCAGUAGCCAGGAACUAUACAGGAAUUCCUCAAGAUGGUACUUUAAUUUCAGAUAGCUUUAAUGCUUCAAGAAGUGGAUAUUUAGUGAGAGUGAGGACAGAGAAUAUAGUGAUAACUCUCCCAACUCCUGACUUUAGUAUGCCCUACAAUGUUAUAUGUCUGGCUUGUACUGUAGUAGCCUUGGCUUUUGGUCCAUUACAUAACAUCACCACCAGGAAACUUGUGGUUAAAUCCAAGAAAGGUGCUUCUCUGGUGGAAAAAGUAAAAGGAUUUAUAGGAAAAUUUAAAAAAGAAAAGUCAGAGUAGGUGUAGUUGUAGUAUUUUUUAUUGUUUUGUUAAAAAAGGCUGAUUUUUUGCAAUAAAAAUUGUGAUACAU